CCAACCGACACUUUCGCAACGUCCGCGGUGGUUUGGAGGCGCUCGUCGGUUUGGAGGCGAUGGGCGGACGGGGGAGGCUCGUGGCCACGGCAGCCUGUGCCUGGCUGGCCGUGACGUUCGUCCUCGUUGCUGGGGAAGUGAAGGACGACAUCGGUCCACACCAGGUGGUGCGUCUGGGCGAGGUGCUGCCGGACAGCGAGUGCCGCUACCUGCUGUGGGCACUGGACAAGCGCCUGGAGGGGAAGCGCCCGAGCUUGGAGGAGCCCCAGCUCGAGACGGGUGACGAGCGGCCGUGCCCCCUGCGCCUCUUUGAGUGGUGGGAGAAGCACAAGGAGGAGGCGAGCACGGUGAUGGUGUCAUCGGCGCUGCGUGACGUGGGGCGGCACGACCUCUGCAUAGAGCUGCUGAAGAACAUUGGGCAGGACAAGGUACUGGCCUUCGACAAGGUGGUGCUUAACUACAAGCAGAACCUGCAGAAGGCCAGCAUGAAGGUCGAGGACCUGGGGAUCAAGGCGAAGGGGCUUCUGAGGCUGCGACGCGAGGCUGCAGAACGCGGCGAGCUGGUGUACACGGUGAGGAGGCCGCCGCCGCGCCCUCCGCAAGACUCCUUCAGCGACAGGCUCCGUCCGCUGCUGCACGGCAUGGCGUGCAGCUCGCUGGCGGCGGCGCUGGCGGCGGCGCUGGCGGCGGCGCUAGCCGGGGCGCUGGCCGGGGUGCGCGCGUGCCAGCGCAGCGGGGACUACGACGGAGGGGACAGACGCCACGGCAAUUGGACGUGUGGACGCGAGGGGGCGGGCGACGGUGCUGCCCGGCACGAGCGUCGUCCCGGCCACCCCGAGGCCGCGGCCCCAGCGUGGGCCCCGGGCCGCGUGAAGCCGCUCGUGUGUCCCAUACACACGCAGCCUGGCAGCCACCAGCACCACGUGGGGGGGCAGCCCUGCCUGGGGGCCAACUGUUGAUCCCGGUUGGCCUUUCGCAGCCCCAAACCGGCUGCGCGCUCAUCCACCUGUUUGUAUGUACGCCCGUACGACUUUAUUUCCAUCCGUGUAUCUGCAUCCAUCUGUAUCCGAGUCUGGAUCUCCAUCUGUCUGCAUCUCCUUCCAUCUAUCUGAUCGCGUGCAGCGCCGUUCGUCUGUCCAUCCAUCCGUUUUGCAACUCCGCCUGUCUGUCCGUCAAUCUUUCCGUUCGUCGGUGUCUGUCCGUUCCUUUUUCUACCCAUUCGUCUUUUUGUUACUCUUCCUGUCCACCUUCAAUUGUUGGUCUAUUUGCCCACUCGCGUGUGUCCAUCUGUCCCGACGGUCAAUUCGGAGUCGACCACGCUGGUGAAGCGACCCGUGAUUUUUGGCUUCACCGAUGUAUCUGGGCCAGUGCACCGGUCUGUGUUAUACCACUCUGCAAAUACAUUGAACGGACUUACACGAGGACGCGCGCUUGCAUUCGACUCGCAACAGGAAGUAAAAAUUGACGAAGGACCGAUUCGGGCCAUAAUUAUUCUCACUCGGGGGUGGGUAAACUAGUCGCGCUCUGUGGGAAGUAAACUGCCCGAUUGUCCUGUGGGUAUGGUUGGUGGCGUUGGCCGCGAGCGGGAAUCGAACUCGGGUCACGCAAUGUGCGUAGCGCAACGCCCUAACCGCCACACUAUUACCGCUCACUUCAACUACCACACAGUCCAGCCUGCCGAAGAAAUGAGACCGUGCUGCCCCCUCCUGUCUCGCACAACAAAGUGUACGGUAAUGCACAGCUCAGCAGUGGCAGUCAAUUGCCAAGAGUUUAUUACAAAUGUCACACGUCACACAUCGUCUCCGCAUAUGCCUCCCCCCCAUACCCCGUACACAGAAAAAUACACCUCUUUGGUUUUGCAUAACGUGAUGAACAAAUACUUGCAUUAAAAAAACCUUAUACGA